CUUUCUCUCUCUUGUCCCCUCUCUCUCUCUCUCUCUCUCUCUAUCCGUCUCUCUCUUCUCUUUCCCAUUCACCGAACUCACACAGAGACGCAGAGAGUUGCAGAAGAACAGGAGCUCUCUGUUUCUUUUUCGGAAUCAGCGCGAGAGCUCUGCUUUUGGAGCGAGAUGAUUUGUCUCGGUCGAGCCUUGGCGCUCUCCGGUCCGAUUAAUCGAGUGCAUCUCUGCAAUUUCCCUUGUCCGAGCUCCCGAUUCGGCGACGCCAAGCCUAAACUGAGCUUGAAAUGGCGAUCCAUGGCGUCCGAGCCGGAGUCAUCAUCUUUCGCUCUCUCAAUGGACGCCGAACCCGCCGAUAAAAACGCCGCCGGGUUUUGUAUCAUUGAGGGACCUGAUACAGUGCAAGACUUUGCCAAUAUGGAACUGCAAGAAAUUCAGGAUAAUAUCCGAAGUCGCCGGAAUAAAAUCUUUUUGCACAUGGAGGAGGUUCGCAGGCUGAGGAUACAGCAAAGAAUUAAAAGUGCCGAGCUCGGAGUUUCAAAGGAUGAGCGAGAAAAUGAACUUCCUAAUUUUCCAUCGUUCAUCCCCUUCUUGCCUCCCUUAAGUCCAGCAAACCUAAAACAGUAUUAUGCUACUUGCUUUUCUCUGAUUGCUGGGUUUAUGCUUUUUGGUGGCCUUCUUGCUCCCUCUUUGGAGCUUAAACUGGGACUAGGAGGCACAUCGUAUGCUGAUUUUAUACGAAGUAUGCAUCUGCCUAUGCAAUUGAGUCAGGUUGAUCCCAUUGUAGCGUCAUUCUCUGGAGGAGCAGUUGGGGUAAUUUCAGCAUUAAUGAUUGUUGAAAUAAACAAUGUGAAACAGCAGGAGCAUAAAAGAUGCAAAUACUGUCUUGGAACUGGGUAUCUUGCUUGUGCUCGUUGUUCAAAUACAGGAGCCAUUGUCCUUAUUGAACCGGUGUCCUCAGUUAAUGGUGAAAAUCAGCCUCUGUCAACGCCUAGAACGGAAAGAUGUUCCAACUGCUCAGGAUCUGGAAAGGUUAUGUGCCCAACAUGCCUCUGUACUGGAAUGGCAAUGGCAAGUGAGCACGACCCUCGGUUUGAUCCCUUUGAUUAGAGGUGCACCAUCAUACACAUCUCUAUACUCAUACAUGUAGAAAAAAUCCAAUUUAUGCGGCAUACUGGUCUCCAUGGCAUAACGAAGAAGUUCUGUACAAAUUAUCAGUUCCAAUAUCAUGGCUGAAUCCAAAUUGCACUAAAUUGUAGAAUUGCUGCAGCCUACCCAAAGGUCUCACCUGGCUUCUGAGAGUCUUGUUACGGUGUGAUAUGGCUGCAGGUUGUUGGCACUUCAUUAGGACAUGAUAGCACUACAUCUGUACUAUUUUCCUGGACCAAGUAAUUUAACAUCUUAUGUAGCAAUGCUUGACGAACCAAUCGGCAGGCAUGCCCUCGGGCUUUCCUUGGCAAACAUUGUUUAUGGAUAAUAAUAGUAGUAUGGUUUUUGGCUAAGAGAAUUUAUUCUGUAACCUGUUCCUUUACGACUUUAUCCCACCCACCACCCCCAAAAUUCAUCUGCCGCAAUCUUU